AUGUCAAGAAGAAAGACCCUGGAUUCAAAGUUGGAUCUUUCGUUGCUACGCGCCCCUAAGGCGCCCGAUGAUAAUUGUGAUAUGGGCAAUCAUUCAAUAAAGUAUGCUUUAAUGCCGUACGUAGGAACAUUCCCAACAGCUGAUGUCCAGAAAUGUGCUAAUGAUUUCAACUUGAAUACGGACGAUUUUGUUGUUUCUAUUCCGAAAUUGUCGCCACAAAUGACCGAGGUGACAAGUGAAGAAGCGUUAAUCAAAUUGUUUUCGAAAGCGAUUAGAAUUGAGAGUUUUCAAUGUGCGUAUGAGAUGCCCAAUGCAUACGUGUUGAAACUUUCCGAACAGUUUGGCGCCUCUGCCCAAUGCAACGUAGCUCUUUCUUCUCUCCUGGGAAUGAAAAAAUAUGCUCUUUGUGAUAUUCUUGAGAGGCCCAUCCUUGGUUGCAGUAUGGCACGUAGGUAUGACUCACGCACCACCAUUUUCUCACCUGAGGGUCGUCUGUACCAAGUGGAGUAUGCGAUAGAGACAGUGAACCACUCGGGAACCUGUCUGGGAAUCCUAGCUAAUGACGGAAUCAUUUUGGCCUGUGAGAACAGAAACACAAACCCUCUCCUGGACAAUCUGUUCAACAGCGAGAAGAUUUAUAGAAUUAGUGAUCAUCUCAUCUGCUCCUUCGCUGGGCUGACAUCAGACGCAAAUGUUCUUUUGACAGAGCUGAGACUAAUUGCUCAAAGGUAUCAGCUUCAGUUCCAGGAGCCAGUGCCGGUGGAACAGUUGAUCAAGCCCAUGUGUGACGUGAAGCAGGCCUUCACCCAGUUUGGAGGCAAGCGUCCCUUCGGAGUGUCCAUUCUGUACAUGGGAUGGGACAAACACCUCGGAUACCAGUUGUACCAGAGCGACCCCAGUGGCAAUUAUGGAGGCUGGAAAGCGACUUGCAUCGGAAAUAACUCACAGAGUGCCAUCUCAAUUAUGAAGCAGGAUUACAAAGAAGGCGAGAUGACAUUAGCAGAUGCCAAACAGCUGGCAGUCAAGAUAUUCAGCAAAACUCUGGACCUGGCCCAACUCACCUCAGACAAGAUGGAGUUAGCCCAGCUGACCAAGGACGAGGAGGGAAAUAUUGUAUCAAAAGUGUUGCCAAAAUCCGAAGUGGAUCAACUAAUUAAAGUUUACGAAGCGAAACGAGACGCGGAAGAGAAAGAAAAGAAAGAUGCCGCGGGGUCCUCGAAAUAG